AACAGCUUCGUCAGUGAGUUAAGUGCAGUGCAUGAUACUGUCCGUGCUGUCUGUGUCGGUUAAAAACUUUUAACUGACUAGCUCACAAUGCCGUCCCUCUCGCUGAAGAUAGUGCUGGACGAGGGCGCUGUGACGCGCAAGGUGAAGUUCAAUACUAAUAUGACGGUGAAACAGGCGCUCGCCGUCGUCAAGGAUAAGGUCAUCGUGCCUGAUAAGGGGAAAGAAUAUGCACUAUUCCUCCGGUCCGCCGAUGAUGACAUGACGGGCGUGUGGCUGGAGGACGACAGGACCUUGGACUACUACAUGCUGAGGGACGGAGACUCCCUCGACUACAUCUGCAGGAUCAGAACGCUGAGGGUCAAGCUACUGGAUGACACGGUGAAAACACUUCAAGUGGAUGAGGCGAAGACGGUGGGCGAGCUGAUGAUGAGCAUUUGUGCCCGCAUCGGGAUCACCAACUAUGAUGAAUAUGGAUUGUGUCAUGAAGAAGAGGAAGAGACAGAAGAAGCGAAAGAAGUGAAGGAAGGCACGGGCACUCUGACGUUGAAGAGGAAGCAAGCCAAGCAGGAGCGUGAUGCUGCACUGGAACAGCUCAGCAAGAAGCUGAAGACUGAUGAUAAUGUGGAAUGGCUGGACCUGCAUCGAUCUCUCCGGGAACAAGGUAUAGACCCCAAGGAGACCCUGCUGCUGAAGAGGAGGCUCUACUACUCCGACCGUAACGUAGACUCCAGGGAUCCAGUCCAGCUCCAUCUGCUGUACGUGCAAACUAGAGACACCAUCCUCAAUGGCACACAUCCAGUUACUGAACAGCAAGCUGUUCAGUUUGCGGGUAUCCAGUGCCAGGUGCAGUUAGGGGACUACCAGGAGAAGAAACACAAACCAGGCUUUAUUGAGAAUUUCGAAGAGUACCUGCCAGCUCAAUACCUGAAUGCAUGGAACAUUGAGAAGAAGAUUGUGAAAGAGUUCUCCCAGCACCAGGGGCUGAGCGAGCUGGAAGCCAAGUUCCUGUACAUCAAGACUGCUAGAUCACUGCCUACUUACGGAGUCACCUUCUUCUUGGUCAAGGAAAAACAAAAAGACAAGAAGAAGCUAGUUCCUCGUCUGCUGGGCAUCAACUCCCACGCUAUCCUCCGGCUGGAUGAGGUGACGAAGGAGAUCCUGCAGGAGUGGCCGCUCACUCAUGUAAAGACGUACCACGCAGGAAAGUCGCAGACCUUCACACUCAACUUCGGAGAUUAUAGUGACAAAGAGUACAGUGUAAAAACACAAGAUUGCCACCGAAUCCGUGACAUCUUAGAGGGCUACAUCGACAUCAUCAGGCGUCGUAUGUUGGCCAAACCGAGCCGGGAUCCUGGCGAGUCCAUGGCUAUCUGCCAUGAUAACAUCCAGCAGGGCACGAGUCAUCUAAUCCAACAUGUGUCCAACAACCCAUCCAAGAUAGUGACCGAGACAUUUGUCGGUCCCAACAAACUUAUGACCAGUGAACACGGUUCUCAGCCGCAGUCCGGUACAAUGAUCACGACGGUGCAGCAGCUGGUGGUUACUGACCAUCUCCAGAACCAGCAAAUGGCUCUGAAAGGAGAGAUGCCACUCCGCAGUGACAUGUCCAAGGACUGCAUCAAGAAACUGAAUAAGAUGAAUUCCAACUCUGUGAAGAUAGUAGGACUACUCACAGAUCCCACGGAGCAUGACUAUGAAGAAAUCCAGAAGAUUGUGCGAGCUAUGAAAGAAGAUUUCCCAGAUAUCGAUAAAGGCGUGAAAGAGACGGCAGAUAAGCAAGCCAUUGAGGAUGCGAAGAGGAUGCUCCUUGAUGAACUGCACGACCUGAACAACUUUAUGAACAAGUUGGAUGCUGCUACAGCAUCCGGACAUUUCGACCGUGAGGGUGCAAAGGAUGCGGCAGAGAACAUAGCAGACCUCACUACACAGGUGUACUUCUCCUUGGACCCAAAGACGAGGAGACGCAGUGAACUGAUCAGGCGUUCCCGCAACAAAAUGAAGGCAGGCGAGAAAUCGGAACAGAGCUUGCGCCGGGCAUCAUUCUUGGCGGCUGCAAAUUCCGCGCAGCACGCACUGGAUAGCGCUGUGGAGACGCUGAAUGAGGACUAUACAGGCCCAAAGCCGGAUGCUGCUCAGCGGAUGCAGCUGGAGAAGGCUCUCGAGGACAAAAUGGGCAAGCUCAAUGCUGCCAUAGCUCUGUACCUUACUGCACAUUCUGACCCUGAGAACAUCGACUACGCCUCUGCUAUCAACUCUAUGAACGCCAUCAACGAACUGAUGCCUGAAAUAGCCAAAGACACACAAAUCCUAGCCAGCACAUUGGAGCCGUCAUCUCGUGAGCAGUUACUGGACGACAUGCAGGAGCUGUGUGACGCCACCAGAGCUGUGUGUGGUACCAUCAGCGCUGAGGAUCAUGCGAAAAUGCAAGAAGCAACGAAUCAGUACGCUGGUAUCGCUGGCAAGUUGAUAUCCACGUUCGCACGAGGAACCAAUGCUGAUAAGGAACAUGAGAUAAUAGAGCUGGCGAAGGACGUCGGUGCCAAGACGUCACUCCUCCUCGUGUCCACCAACGAGCUGACUUGCCAGGCAGCCUCCGAGCCUGCUGCAGCUGACGUGGACACUGCUGGAGUCAGAGUCGCAGAAGCUGCUACGGAUCUUAUUGCGUGUGCACAGCUAACAGCUCCAGCCAUCCACGAGCCACACUGCCAGAGCGCACUAACGGCAGCCUGCGAAGGUAUCGGCUCGUCCGUCCACCAGCUGGAGACAGCCUGGCGUCCACUACUGGAGGACCAGACCAGGCAGCCCAUGAAUGACCAGCUGCACUCCAGGGUUGUUGAUGUUGGAAAGGCGUUGGAGAGAUUGAAGGAUGCCUACGCUAAUUUGGGAGGUGUCGAUGACGACGACUCGUCACUUCCAGCGCAAGAGCGGAAGCGGCUCAAGUUCAUCGCAACCAUGAAUGGAGCCAAGGGUAGACUACGAGGAGUCGAGGAUUUGUGGAACCAGCAAUCGGCGACUGGCGUUCCGUCGGAUGCGGAGAAGGCGGAGGCUCAGCGUCGCAUGGAGCAGAGCAUGGCUCAGCUGAAUGCUGCCAUCGCUGCACUGGCUGCCGCUACUGCUGACCGAGAGAACCCAGACUACGAGACUGCGGAGCUGGCAAUAGCAACAAUAUCAGAGCUGAUGCCACAAAUAGUACAAGACGCAGAGACAGUGAGCUCCGACAAGGACGAGGCGACCCGCAACGCCAUGCAGAAGAACAUCCGCGCCCUCUGUAACGCUACAAGGAAGAUUUGUGAAGGAGACGGCUGUAAACAUGUUGAUGGUGAAGAAGCUGCUAACUUCGCGGCAGCAUCUGGCAAGCUGCUGUUCCUCAUUAGUCCAGGAGCUGAUAAAGGAAGACAGAAGUUUAUCAUGGAGGAGUCGGCAAUAGCACAAGAGCACGCUGCUCAGCUGGUGGCAGGAGCUCACCGGCUGCAGACACAAGUGCCAGAGCACACAGCGGCCGAGCUGGCCCGCCGGGCUGCUCGGACUGCUGACGCUGCUAACGCAUUGGGGGCUGUGGCACAGGUUACUGCUCCAAGCAUCUCUUCACCUCGUUGUCAAGACGCUCUCAGCUCUGCAGCUUCUCAGCUCCUGGGGUCUGCGGACUCGUUGACAGCAGUGUGCCAGCUGCAGGCGCACGAGCAGCCGGAGCUGCAGGCGCAGUGUGCAGGCCUAACUGACACACACCAGCAACUCGCGGACAGUCUGCACAGACUCACUGAUACCUGCAAUGUGGGACAAGGCGAUACAUCUAUGACGGAGCCUUCAGCACAACAGGAGAAGAAACGUCUUCAGUUUGUGAAGAGCACGGCAGCAGCCAAACAACGCCUGGACGCUGCAGCUCAACAACUUAACAAGCCCUUGAGGUGUCACAUGAUGGAGGAAGGCCAUGCUGCAGCUCUAGGACAGAAGCUCAACGACCGUAUAGCUCAGCUCAAUGCAGCCGUUGCAGCUCUCGCCGCCGCCACCUCAGAUCGCGAGAACCCAGACUAUGAAGCUGCCGAACGCGCAGUGAACGCCAUCUCUCAAAUAAUGCCACAUCUAAUACAAGAUUCACAAAUGCUAUGCGGCACGAAGUCAGACGCGGAGCAGGCGGCCAUGUUGCAGGAGCUGCGCGCGCUGUGCGAGGCCACGCAGGAGCUGUGUGAGCACGCGGGACAGGCACAGGGUGUGGGAGACGCUAUUGCCAAGUACACAGACGCUUCGACAAAGUUGGUGUACUGCGCCACACCUCGAGCUGACAAUGAGAUGGAGAAUGAGAUUCUUGGUUUGACAACCGAUGCUUGUGGCAAGGCCUCGGAGCUGCUGAGCCAGGUGCAGCAGUUGACGGAGCGCGUGGCAGAUGCAGGCGCAGCUGCGGAGCUGGACCGCUGCGGGGCCAGCGCUGCAGAUGCUGCGCAGGCCCUGCUUACUGUCGCACAAGCUACUGCAUCUACCAUGGAUAGUCCUUGCUGCAAGGAUCAGCUGAUCUCAGCAGCGCAGAAGCUCCGUCGCUGCGCGGACGAGCUGACGUCGUCGUGCGAGCCUCACACAGCUCGGCUGCCGGACGCACGCCGCCAGCUCGGCACCUCGCACCGACAGCUUGCUGACAGUCUCGACAAACUGGUGCAGGCUUGUCAGAAAAUACCAGAAGGUUCUCAGAGCGGCGUGUCACAACCUCCAAAGGAGAAGCAGCGACUCAAGUUUAUGAACAGCUUGACAGGAGCUAGAAACCGACUCUACGACGCCGAGCAACAGCUCAAACAACCAUUGCCAAAGCAUCAGCUGAGUCCUGAACAGGCAGCAGCUCUGGAACAGAGGUUGUCGCAGCGCCUGGCGCAGCUCAACGCUGCAGUGGCUGCACUUGCCGCUGCUAAAGCUGAUCCUGAAAACCCUGACUGGAAAACUGCGGAACAGUCUGUGAAGGAGAUAUCUGAACUGAUGCCGCUGAUUGUACAAGACUCCCGCCAGUUAUCGAGCACGAAGGACGGAGCUGGGCAGGCAGCCAUGUUGGACGAUCUGAAAGCUCUAUGCCACGCCAGCCGCAGUCUGUGUGAAAAUUCUGAAACUGAUCCUAAAAUAAGUACAAAGGAAUUCCAUAAGGCGGCCAGCAAACUGAAGUUCAUUGUGAGCCCUACUGCUGACAAAAGCAAGGAAAAACAGGUAGUGGAGCUAGCAAAGGCAGCAUGCAAGCAGGCUGAACGUCUGGCAGUUAAUGCACAGACUGCCUGCCCUGCGCAGGCGCCGCUAGCCUCGAGCCUACAUGAGGCCGCUGGCACCUUGGAUUCUGUGGUGCAGGCUACAAGCGCCAGUCCAUCAGACCCAAGAUGCUGUGCAGCAGUUAACUCGUCAGUAGACAACGUGCGCCACUGUGCACAACAACUGACGUCUUCCUGUGAGCCACCUCUGAUGACUCGACCAGAAGCCUGGCAACAACUACUGUCCUGUCAGAGACAACUGACGAAUGACCUUGACAAACUCGUUCAGGCUUAUCAGCCCGAACAUGGCGGUACCAUUGACACUGGUUCAGGGCAACAAGAACAGCAACGUCUCAAGUUCAUCAACAGCGCGUCUGGUGCCAAGGGUCGUUUGAAUGCCACCGAACAACUGCUGAAAGAGCCGUUGGUGUGUCAGCUGAUGAAGGAAGAAGACGGCGCGGCGCUACAGCGCAGGCUCGGGGCGCGCGUGGCGCAGCUCAACGCUGCCGUGGCCGCGCUCACUGCUGCCACCGCAGACCGCGAGCACCCUGACUACGCGGCGGCAGACCAGGCCAUCCAGCACAUCGCUCAACUCAUGCCGCAAGUGGUGCAAGAGUCCCGCACGCUAUGCGGCACGAAGUCAGACGCGGAGCAGGCGGCCAUGUUGCAGGAGCUGCGCGCGCUGUGCGAGGCCACGCAGGAGCUGUGUGAGCACGCGGGACAGGCACAGGGAGUCAGCGACGCUGCCGCCAAGUUCUCCGCAGCGUCAGGGAAGUUGGUGUAUGUCGUCAGCCCCAAGACACAGGAUGCUCACGAGAAACAGGUGUUAACCCUGGCCGCCACCUCGUGUGGCAAGGCAUCGGAGCUGCUGAGCCAGGUGCAGCAGUUGACGGACCGUAUGACAGAUGCAGGUGCAGCCGCGGAGCUGGACCGCUGCGGGGCCAGCGCUGCAGAUGCUGCACAGGCACUGCUCACUGUCGCACAAACAACAGCUCCAACUAUCAGCGACCCUCAGUGUCAGAAGCAGGUGAUAUCAUCCGCACAGAAACUGCGUCGUUGUGCCGACGGACUGAUAGCCACAUGCGAGCCUCACACAGCUCAGUUGCCGGAUGUACGCCGACAGCUUGGCUCUUCACAUCGCCAGCUUGAUGACAGUCUAGAUAAAUUGGUGCAAGUUUGCCACUCAGCUUCUGGUGUGGUACUAUCUCCUCAACAAGAGCAGCAACGCCUGAAGUUCGUGAGCUCCAUAUCUGGAACCCAGAGCAAGCUGGACACAGCCGAGCAACAGAUGAAGAAGCCGGUUGUAGUCCAGCCGCUGCAGCAGGCAGACAGUGCCGCCCUACAGCAGCAGCUGUCCCGUCGCCUGGCGCAGCUCAACGCGGCCAUUGCAGCCCUAGCGGCCGCUACCACAGAUGGCAAGAACCCAGACUACCCGGCAGCAGAGCGGGCAGUCACCACAGUAAUCGAGUUAAUGCCAGAAAUCGUUCAAGACUCCUACAAGAUAUGUUCUACGAAGGAGCCAGCUGAACAGGCAGCCAUGAUGCAGGAGCUCAGGGAACUGUGUGAAACCAGUCGCAUUAUUUGUGAUAGUGCUGGACAUCCUAUUAAACUAAACGAGGCUACCGCAAGGCUGGCGGAUGCUUCUAGUAAACUACUCCACAUUGUCAGUCCUGAUGGCAAACAUCCAGGAGAUGCUAACCGUGGACCAAAACCAGCGGUACAGCCUCGCAAGCCGGCAGUACCAGUGCGAGACCCCAAGCAUACUGUGGCUAAAGCAGUGCACUCUGGACAGGCACCUGACGCACAGAGCUUCCUUGAUGCUAUGCGUGCAGAGGAAUCUGGAGGUCAUAUAGGAGGUCACGUCAAAUCUUCGAAAACUGCUGAGGAAGAGAAGCUUGCACACAAGCAGUUCUCAGAAAUGAUUGAGAAUGCUGAAAGGGGACUUAAAUCUGCAGAGGAAGGGCUUCAAGUGCUAUAUAAAGCAAAGAACGUGACGAUAGCUGGUCAGGCCCUACCAGCUUUGGAGGUAGUUAAGAGAGAACAGCACAUGGAAGAUACCCUCGCGAAGGCAGGAAUUGAAGUGGCUGCACUGGUUUCGGCUAAUUAUGCAGACAAGCUGGACUACAAAGCUGCAAUGCAACCCACUUUAUCACUCACAGAAUCAGUCAGGAGUGUCGUCAAUGAUGGCAGCGCAAUCUGCACUUCUAUGUCUGAUGAGGCUCGCAAGAAGUUCUUGGAGGACAUGAUCGGUCUCUGCCAAUCGACCAAAAUCCUCUGUGACACUGCAAAGUCGGAGAAGGAAAAACUGAAUGACGCGGCCAUAGUGUUCGGAGAUCAGUCUGUCAAACUGUUACGUGUGGUCAGCUGUAAUGUGGACCCUGCUCUCGAGAAAGAGGCGAUAUCGCGAGCUAAAGCAAUAGGUGAUGCUGCAUCUAGGCUAGCUCUGGAAGCCACGAGUUUGGCUAGUAGCACUAGUGAGGCAAACAAUCCCGGGACCGCGGACUCGCUAGUCCGGGAUAUUUGUGCUGCCGGCACUAGCUGCGUCGACUCCGCCGGGAAACUCGUUUACACUGCUAAGCUCAUCGCGCCGACAAUUCACCAUGAAACCUGUCAGGAUGCCCUGGUAUCCUCAGCAGAUAGUCUAUCAUCAUCUCUCACUACCUUCACUAACACCCUGGCUCCUCUUGCCUCCACUCAGCACCCUAAUGUCCAAAAACUGUUAGGAGAAGCUGGUCAUCUUGAGAAACUGGUAGAAAAGUUGAGGAAAGAUGUAAGGGCUGGUAAACUUGGCAAGAGGAAGGAGGUAGACCCUGUUGUGGACCUGGACUUCCCCUUGAGGAAUUUGACUCAGAAGAUCAUUGACAAUGCUAAGAACAUGGUACGAGAUGAAACUAUGAGCUCGCAGACUAAGAAGGAGUACACAUCUUACUGCGGCAAGCUGGAAGAGGCUCUGCGCGCUCUGGACCUGGCAAACGCGCGGUACCAACGAGCUCCUCAUGACAUAAACAAACGUGAUGAGUUCGAGAUGACGAUCGACGAGCUGCAGAUGACGGUGCUGCAGUCCAGACCUGCUAAAGUUGGACAGGAACAGAACAAUAUUGUGGACUUCAGGGACUUCUUGCAAGACCUAGUAAAUGAAGCCGGAGACCUUCAGAAGACGGUCAGGAAGAAUGAAGGACCUAUAGGCAAGAGGACCAGCGAGGACAUCACUAUGCUCUGCAGCAAGAUUAGCGAGGAUGCGUCGAAGUUGUUGAACCCGAACGAUAACUUCGGUCAGAGUGUCACUGUUAUGAACACCGUCGAUGAUAUCCUUGAUAUCGACUUGUUUGGACAGGAGUGUGAUACUUUGGUAAAGGAGAUAAACAACUCGAUUCAAGGCGUCCAGGAUCAAAAGACUAAACAGGAGCUCCUGGCCAAGUCACUGCCGAUGUUGGAGAGCUGCCAUUUGCUAAGAUUCGCUGCAAAGAGUCAUAUAAUGGCGACCCAGAGCACAGCAUAUAACGAGAUUAUGCAAAACCUGGACCACUUCAAGAGUACCACGAUGAGCACGUUGGCUGAGGAAGCUGCCAAAAAGAGCGUCAAGCAAACCAAGCACUUCAAAUGA